CGCACCGCCGGCGGAACCUUUCUGCCCGCUCCGCGUGCCGGGGGGGAGCGCUUCCGUCGGCGUAAGGGUCCCCCAUAGCGCUUCCGGUAGAAUCAACCGUGUUCUCCUCUCCGCCGCGGCCCACUCUGCCAGACCGGAGCCGGGAUGCGGCUGCUGCGGGGCGGGCUGGGCUUCCUGCUGCGCCCGGGGAUCCGUCGCGGGCCUGGCCAGCCUCUCUACCAGCAAGGCCAGAGCCCCUCGCCGCGCACCCGCGAGUACUUCUACUACGUCGACCACCAGGGACAGCUUUUCCUGGAUGACGCCAAAGUCAAGAACUUCAUCACUUGUUUCAAAGACAAGCAGUUCCUGGUCUUCUUCUUCAAGCAGCUCAAGCUGAACCGCAGCGGCCGCUACGAGGACUCCUUCCCUUACCUGUCGCCUUGCGGCCGGGAGCACAACUACCUCCGUUGCGACGACCGGCCCGUGGUCUUCACCCACCUCCUGGAAGGGCCCUCCGGCCAGCAGCUGCUCUCCUUCUGCGGGGGCGCCGACCGCCUGGCCCUGCCCUUCCAGCCGGAGAAGCUGGUCAUGUUGCCCGAGAACGGGCGGGUCUAUCACCCGGGGCCGGAAAAGGCCGGCGGGGUGGGACUGGUCAAGUCAUCCUUGGCCUUUGAGCUGAGCCCUGGCUUCGAGUACCAAGACGGAGCCGGUCGGCCGCCCACUCACUUCCGCUGGCAGGAGAAGAGGUACGCGCUCACCAACGAGCUGCUGCCCUUGAUCUGAGGCCGUCGCAAAGCGAGGACUCCCUGUCGACGCUUGGGACCGUCGUGAACAUCUUUGGCUUGACAGCAACCCAAACCACGUCCCUCCUACCGGUCUGGGCGCCUUGGGUUGAUCCGAGGAGAACAUCUCAAGAAGGUCGCUGGAAGUGUCUAUCCAGAACCCCAGUUGGGCAAGGAUCCUGGACAAAUUCUCUGGGAAUAAAAUCAUUUUAUGGCUUGUG